AUGACACUUUCCGUUCUCUGGAGGGCGCCUGAGGUGAACCCUGUCAACCGCAAGGCCCGCAGUAUCCCGGUGCUCAACAUCUUCAACGUUUACGCACGCGCGUUCCACUUCUCAUGGCUUGGCUUCAUGAUUGCUUUCUGGGCAUGGUACACCUUCCCGCCGUUGUUGACAGUAACAAUCAAGAAAGACCUCAAGUUGACCAACGCUCAAGUCGCCAACUCCAACAUUGUUUCCCUGGUCGCGACACUAUUCAUGCGCCUCAUCGCUGGCCCUGCUUGUGAUCGAUUCGGUUCCCGCAUCGUCUUCGGCUCUCUGCUCCUCAUCGGUACCCUGCCCAUCGGUCUUGCCCCGCUGGUGACGAACGCCACAGGCCUCUAUAUCAGCCGCUUCUUCAUUGGUGUCCUCGGUGCGACGUUUGUCCCCUGCCAGGUGUGGUGCACAGGCUUCUUCGAUAAGAACGUUGUCGGAACUGCCAAUGCCCUUGCGGGUGGUUGGGGUAACGCCGGCGGUGGCAUCACCUACUUCGUCAUGCCCGCGGUCUACGACUCUUUUGUCCACGCGCGUGGCUACUCUCCUAGCCAGGCUUGGCGCAUGACUUUCAUCGUUCCCGUCAUCUGUCUGCUUGCCUGCGGUAUGGGCCUUCUUCUCCUAUGCGAAGAUACCCCUACUGGCAAGUGGGCCGACCGUCACAUCCAUGCCCAGGAGAGCCUGCGAUCUCACGGUGUGAUCGAUGUCCCGGGAGGCAUCACCGAUCGUACUGUUGGCUCCAUGGGAUCUGACGAGGAGAAGAGCAGCACCAACGGGAAGAACGGCGUAAUUACCGACAACGAAGCCCCCCUCUCAGGCGCCGAAAUGGUCGAGACCGCCCAAGGAGACACUGUGGUCAACCCGACCUUCAAGGAUGCCAUGAAGGUUGUCAUGUCCCCUCAGACUGUCUUCCACGUCGCCACAUACGGCUGCUCCUUCGGCGGUGAGCUGGCCAUCAACGCUAUCCUUUCUUCGUACUACCUGAAAAACUUCCCUUCCCUUGGCCAGACUGGUGCAAGCAACUGGGCCGCCAUGUUCGGUUUUCUCAACGUCGUCACCCGCCCGGCCGGCGGUGUCGUGUCUGACCUGCUAUACCGAUUCGGCGGACACAACCUUUGGCUCAAGAAGGGAUGGAUCACAACUUGCGGUCUCCUUACUGGUGCUCUCCUGAUUCUGAUCGGCCAGCUCAACCCCCAUAACGAAGCUACUAUGUUCGGCCUUAUCUUCCUCAUGGCUGUCUUCCAUGAGGCAGGCAAUGGUGCCAACUUCGGUCUCAUCCCCCAUGUUCACAGCCAAGCCAAUGGAAUUGUCUCUGGUAUUACUGGUGCUGGAGGAAAUUUUGGAGGCGUCAUCUUCGCCAUUAUCUUCCGCUUUAUGGACAACGGCGCCAACUAUGCCAAGGGCUUUUGGGUUAUUGGCUGCAUCCAUAUCGCCGUUAACCUUGGUGUUUCCUGGAUCCACCCCCUUCCAAAGCACCAGCGCCAUUAA